AUGCCAUCUCGAAAGUGUCCUCCUCCCAUGGCUCGCUCAGGGAUAUGGGGACAGACAGUUCGAUUUCCCAGCAUUGAAGAGAUUAAAAAGGCAUCAGUGAGCAAGCCAAAGGCACCAAUGGAGGACAAGCCCCUACUGUUGUUGUGGUCCUGGCCUGAAAACAAGAAGUUUGACCUGCAAGACUGUGACACUCUUUUCGGAAUCGACGGCUGCCGCCUCACUGAUAAUAGAUCCCUGUUCUCCAGCGCUCAUGGAGUUUUGUUUUUUCACAGAGGCAUAAGUGAUGAUCUCUCAAACGUCCCUACCUUACCGAGACCAAAGUUUCAGAGGUGGAUCUGGUUUAACCCAGACCCACCUUCCAGCACACGCACCAUUGAAGGCAUCCGAGGCCUUUUUAAUCUGACUAUGAGCUACAGGAAGGACGCGGAUAUCCAGGCUCGCUGGCAGGUGUCUUUCAAGACGAAUACUGAUGCAGAGUUUAUUCUGCCAAAAAAGGAGCACCUGCUUUGCUGGAUUGUAGACGCCGAAGUCCUCCACACAAAAUCCAGGGAGAACUACAGAUACUACAGAGAUCUUUUGAAGCACAUCAACGUGGAUAUUUUUUUCUCCACAGAGUUUGCUAAAAGUGAGGACUACUUCCUGACCAUCAGCAGCUGCAAAUUCUACCUCUCCUUAGAGAACUCAGUUGAGCCAGACCACAUCACAGAGACCCUGAACGGACCUCUUGCAGCUGGUACUGUGCCAAUAGUUUUGGGCCCGCCGAGAAAUAACUACGAGGAUUUUAUCCCAGGUUCAUCUUUCAUACAUGUGAAUGACUUCUCUGGUCCUGAUAAACUGGCCAAGUACCUCGUGGAGCUGGAUAAAGAUUACUCAGCCUACAUUAGAUACUUUGAGUGGAGGAAAUACUACAUUGCCAGACCCCACUUUAUUGAAGACAAUUAUGAGUUUACACACUCCAUCUGCCAGGCCUGUUAUCAUUUGAGCAUAAACAAGGUGUACAGAGUGGUUCCUGAUCUGUACAAGUGGUUCUUUGGGUGA